AUGUCAAGCAAGAAGAAACACAAACGAAAACACAGCGACAACGAUGAAGACGACGACGUUUACUACUACCAAUACUGCGCUUCGUCCUCUACCCCCAACACCACCACCGGCACCACAUCCAGUAAUCAACCCCAAUCAAAACCGAACAACAAAGGAUCAUCAAUAGGAGGCACAGGUGAACCCUUAGCACCAUCAAAAUCGACGCUAUACGUUUCUAAUCUAGAUUACUCCCUAACAAACUCCGAUCUCCAUACGCUCUUCUCUACUUUCGGCCGCAUCGCGCGUGUAACCGUUCUCAAAGACCGUCACACGCGCCUAAGCCGCGGUGUCGCGUUUGUCCAAUUCGUUUCUCGUAAUGACGCCCAACGCGCCGUGGCGGAGAUGAAUAAGAAGAUUCUCAAUGGAAGGACUCUAACUGCUUCUAUUGCUGCUGAUAAUGGACGUGCUCCGGAGUUUAUUCGGAAGCGCGUGUACAAUACUGAGAUUGCUUUGUGUUAUGAGUGUGGGGGCAUGCCUAAGAAGCCGCGACGGGGAUUUAGUGGGCUGAGGGAUAGGGAUGGGGAGGAGGAAGGUGAUGAGGAGGAGGAGGAGGGUGGUCAGAUUGCUGGGGAGCAGUUUGACGAUAAUUGGGCUUCUGUUGUGGAUGAUGAAGCGAGUGAAAGGUUGCUGGGGAGAAACAGAAAUGAUGAUGAGGGUUUGGACAACAACAAGACGAAGAAGAAAAGGGAAGAAAGCUGGGUAUUUCAGUGA